GGGAAAUUCCGAGUUUCCAAAUGUCGUGAACGGAGCGUUGGCGAGGGUUGACUUUUAUUUUGACAAUAUCCUACUGACAUUCCCCGGAAGUAAAAUAAAUGAAUUCGCUGGCUGGUGAGAGGAGAGAUGAGCACCGCUGGUGCAGCGAUGGUUCCCUCAGAUUUCAAAUGUUUGGUCCGACGUUUUUACGCACUUCAGACUGAGCGCAUGGAGGCGUAUAAACUAUUUGAAGAAGGUCAUGAGGCGUACCUGAGGACAGGGCCAGAUUAUGACUUUGAGCAUUACAGACAGCUGGUUCACGAGAUCACCAAAGCAUUCUGUGGCAUCUCCAAAGAGGUGCUGGAGAUUAAAGACCGCCUUCAUCAAGAUUUCAACCGACCAGAUCUCUCUGAACAUAUCGAGAAGCUGCAAAUCAAAGAGAAACAGAAACUAGAGUUGACAGCAAAAUUACAACUAGCGAAGCAGAGUGCACAAGAUCAUCCAGAAGAUCAGAGCUAUCAGGAGAAGGUCCAGGAGAUCAAACAGGAUAUCAUAAAAAACAAGGAGUCUUUGAGUGAAAUUAUGCAGGAUUUCAAGUAUGACUCAGAAGAUGCAGAAUGAAACAAGGACACUGCAUGCCAGGAUGGAUAUGGAUGGAGUUUGCACCCAUGACACGUCCUUUUAUAAGAGCAACGGCCAAAGAUGAUGUUAUGUGUGUGCAGUGUGAAUGUACCAUGUGUAGGUGUUGCUGAUGUUUUGUUUCUUUGCAAGAAGUAGUUUAUAAGCAGUUGUGUUCAGAGAUUUGGAGGAGUCACUUUUAUUACAGUUGCAAUUAGACCAAGAAAAAAAUCACACCAGUGACAGGUGAUUUUAUCUAUCUUUGUGGAACUUUUAGAUAAGUCUACACUAAGAAAAAAAGGUUAUAUAUCUCAUAACAAUAACAGAACCAUUUUAAUAGGUUGUUUAAAGAACAAUUUACAACAGAUUGCAUGUGACACCUUAAGGAUGCGUCUUCUGAAUCAGUGGUUCUUUUUUUAAUUUGAAUAUCUCAUUCAUGAGGAUUUGUAUCAUAUGUUUAGAUUCGUUCAUAAACCAAUUGUUCAACAUGCUACCCAGAUGACGAUAUAAAAUGUUGCUGUUACACAUUA